GCUUCCCAGUUCCCAGUUUCCUCCUCUUGCAAACAAAAAGCUCUUUUGCUUUUUGACAAUCCAGGAAUCUCUCUCUCUCUCUACGAUUUGUCUUCUUCCUCCUCCCAGAAUCGCAGCCGCCGCCUUCGGGGACCAGUGUUCUCCGGUCAAGACCCGGCCAGCCAUUAUCCUCAAUCUGGAACUCCGCAUUUCGUUUUCUUUUGAAUAAGCUCGAGCUGAAUGCGAGUGCUGGAAGAACUCUUGGAGAAGAGAGAGAGAGAGAGAGAGAGAAAGAGAGAGAGAGGGAGGCGGUUCUCUUUCAGAUGAUCCUUUCGCCGGAGAGUGCUUCAUCUUGUUCUUCAGCCUUUCGAUGGUGUUGUAAGAGCUUUAGGACCGAGUCGAGCCUCUAAGACCCAUCUACCCAUCUUCGGUUCAGUUCGAUAUAGUCGAAGAACGCAGGAACUGGGAUUUUGGCCGAGCUCGUUGGAGUAGCCAUUGAUGGUGGAGAUGCCAAAUCCGUCUUCGCAAGAGGUUUCUUCCAGCGACCUAUCGGCACCGCCGGCAAAGAAGAAGCGUAGUCUUCCGGGGAUGCCAGAUCCUGAGGCGGAGGUGAUAGCUCUGUCGCCGAAGACGCUGCUGGCGACGAACCGGUUCGUGUGCGAGAUCUGCAACAAGGGGUUCCAGCGGGACCAGAACCUGCAGCUCCACCGGCGGGGCCACAACCUGCCUUGGAGGCUUCGCCAGCGGGACAGCAAUGCGGAGCCGCCGCGGAAGAAGGUCUACGUGUGCCCCGAGCCGGGCUGUGUCCACCACAGCCCCGCCAGGGCCCUCGGCGACCUCACCGGGAUCAAGAAGCACUUCUGUCGGAAGCACGGCGAGAAGAAGUGGAAGUGCGAGCGGUGCUCCAAGAAGUACGCCGUCCAGUCCGACUGGAAGGCCCACAUGAGGACCUGCGGCACCCGCGAGUACAAGUGCGACUGCGGGAUGCUGUUCUCUCGGAGGGAUAGUUUCGUGACGCACAGAGCCUUCUGCGACGCAUUGGCGGAGGAGAGCUCGAGAGCUCAGAAUAACAACUCGGUGCAAGACGAGCAGAAUGCCAGGAGGUCUGGGUCGGCCGCCGCCGCCGCCUCCGCCUCGUCGCCUCCGCCUCCGCCGCUUACCCCGUCGACCACGGUGGUGUCUCCGGUCCUCUCCCUUCAAAGUUCAGAUUUGCCUGAAAACGCAAUUGAACUUGUGCCAUCUGCUCUGGCGUCGUCUUCUGUUGCUGCCACCGCAACUGCCCCCACUGGCCCGGACAGCAGUGCGGUCACUGGCAGCAACACUGCCUUCACCUGCAUAUUUCCGGCGUCGGCUCCGCCAUUGCCGCAGGCCUCGCCUUCUUCGCUCUCCAAUCUGGUCUGCACCGCGGCAACAACCCCAUCACCCUCUACUACGGAACCAGCCUCCCUCUCCCUCUUCCUCUCCAGCACUGCCUCGUCCCUCUUCUCGAGGCCUGAUCAGAACCAGCAGCACCUCUACGCCCUGCCUCCUCAGCCCGCCCCAACCAUGUCUGCCACGGCCUUGCUUCAAAAGGCCGCUCAAAUGGGCACGGCAGCCACCAAUGCGUCACUGCUUCGUGGGCUUGGCUUAGCUAUUUCCUCACCUAUUGCUUCUUCUAGCCACGAGGCAACUCUGGUGACUGCCGGCGAUGGCUCCACCCGGUGGAGCAGCCAAGGGAAGGUGGAGAGCUCCUCGGAAGGAGCUGGGCUCGGGCUGGGUCUCCCGUCUCCGCCAACGCUGUUCGGCAACAGGCCCAUGACAGUGGAUUUUCUGGGACUGGGAAUGGGUCCUGCCGGGGGCCACACAGGCAGGCUGUCGGCUCUGCUCACUUCAAUUGACGGCGGGCUGUCGUCGGAUCGUGGAUUCAGUGGCGGAGUGCCUGGUGUUUUGUUUGGAGGAGGAGGAGGAGGAGGAGGAGGAGGAGGAGGGAGAGAGAGGGUGGAUGACCUCAGUCGAGGUUCUUGGGAGGAGUUUCCUGAGUCGAAGCCCGACGGGCCAGACGGGCCAAAUGGGCCUCCUCACUAUCUCUAGUGACCGUCUAAGUGCACUUCCCGGGCUCUUUUUGCUCCUGGCCUCUUGGGGAAGUUCACGAUCAAGCUUGGGACUGCUUUUUUUGUAAUAACAACAGUAUAGGUGUGAUUUAUUUUACGAAUGUAUAUCGUUCUAUUUAUCUAGUCUUUAUGUCAUCUUUCUCUUUUUUAGCCAAUAUAAUAUAGUUCUUGCUUCUUACUAAA